AUUCCUUCCCGAACAGAGCACGCGUCAGCAGCAGCAGAACAGGCAGCAACCAGAGUCCAGACCGUUCGCCGUCGUUCCGACUCUGUCUCCCUCGCCUCGCCCGAAGCAUCAUCCUCGAUGGCCUCGCAGCCGCUCCGCACCGUGCACCUCCGGCGGUCUUCGUCGUCCCCGCGGGCCGCGGCGGAGGUUGCGGCGAUCGCGGUGGACGGCGGCGCCGGGGUGGACCUGGCCCGGGUGGGGCUUGCUCUGGGGCUGGACCCCACCACUGUCCGCCUCAACGGCUACUUCCUCAGCCGGGGGCCCGACCACGUUUCCUCCGCCGUCACGUGGCGCGCGCUCCUUGCCUUCUUCGCCGCGCGAGGGCUGCCCACCGGCGCUCACGCCGACGCGCCCGUCGCCGUGCACGCCAAGCCCGCCGCGCCCCCGGCAUCAGAUCCUACAACUCUUCUAUGCUCAAAGCGAAAAUCUGUGCUGGAAGUCGAAAAAUGCCCCAAGAAGAGAAAGCCACGAGAGAACAGAUCAGCUCUUUCAAAACCUAGGGACGAUCUACUUAGCGAUGAAAUCAUCCUUGGUUUGAAGAGAAGACUCAGAUUGGAAGACACCAGUCCAGCUAAGAAGAUUAAGCAACUAGAAUACAGCUCAGACACACAGCAGCCGGUUAAUUUUUCUUGCAGCUUUGUAAAUGGAAAUGGAAAGCGGCCGCCGGAUGAGGAGAUGGUCACCUCACUUCCAUGGAAAAGAGUUCGGUGACGACCGAGACUGGAGUUGCAUAAAUCUUUGAAAACAGAAGUCAGUUUGCUUGAGACAGCCAUUUUACAUGACAUGUUACAUGUUCCAACGUUCAUGUACCCUCCGAAGCUGUGGUGAAUUGACAUGCCCUGUUACAUGUUCCAACGUUCAUGUAGUCUUCUGAACAGAAGGCCGUA